ACCAACUUUGUAUGUUAGGUUGGAUUUCUCAAAGCCAUACAUCAGGCUGCCUGGGGCAAGUCAGCCUUGCCAGAAUUUCCUGGGAAAGCUCCAAGAAAGCAAGUGGGGAACCCCUGUGCAAGUAUAGCAGUGCAGAGUGUUGUGCUUCAGACAGAAUUCAUAUGCAGGGAUAGGGCUAGCUAAUGAAUUCUUCUUGCAGGCUACUAUCCCCCCCCCUUAUGGACCUCAUAUGAAGGCUGCAUUAUUUCUCUAGGCAGCUGUUGAGUGUGUGUUUCCCCUGCGGAGACCAUUUGGAACAGCUGCGUGAAGCCUUCCCCUAGAACAGAAGCCCUGUCAGUCAAUGGCUGCUCCUUGUUCCACCGGCAGAAAAGCUGGGGGAGGGAGCUUUGCAGAGCGAUGGAAGGCUUCCUGCCGUUUUCUUCCUGCUGUGCCUCCACUUUGGUUCCGUUCCUUUUUAGAGGGAAGAAGAGACUUCCCCUGUAUUCAGCCACACCUAAUUGUGUUGGUGGUGCUCUCCUUACUCACAAGAAGGCACUGAACUGACCACCCUCCCAGGCAGAGUAUGGUGUGGUGAUUAGGGUGCUGGACAGAGAUCUGGGUUCAAAUCCCCAUUCAGCCAUGAAGCUCACUGGGUGGCCUUGGGCCCAUCUUAGUCUUCUGGUCUAAACUACCUCUCAGGCUUCUGGUGAGGGUAAAAUAGGGAGGGCAAGAACCAUUUAUGCCACCUUGAGCUCUUUGGAGGAAAUAAUGAUGGAGAGGGUACAUUGAGAGCAGUGCCUCUGCCUUCUCCUCUCUCUAGGAUGUACCGGAGUGUUCUGUUCUCCUCAGAUGCUGGGUCUGUCUGCCCUUGGUGUGCCUUGUGAGCCAGAGCAGGUGCUCUGAACUUGCCCCCUCAAGGGUGAAGACUCUGGCAUUUAGACUUCCUCUGACACCAGCCAGCUAGGGAAGGAGGCAGGAGUAGAAGCACUCUCUGGAGCCAGGAUUUUCCUCUGCUCUUACUUUGCUGUCGUUUCUAGGGUGAGGAGAAUGGUUGUGACUAGUGCUGGGAAAGAAAGAACUCCCCGCCCCUUUUGCCAGUAACCACCCCAAAGUCGGAGAGCUGCUAGCUGUAAGCAGAUUAUCUGUCUGCAUCCAGCUAUUAGGACUUCUCCAGCAAGCUCCAGUACUGCGCAGGGCUUUGGAGGCAAGAAUCUAAUAGCAUCUACUGCAAAUCUCUGUGGAUUUAUAUAGUGAAUGAAUCUUUGAUUCUUCCCCCCCCCCUUUGUACACAGCCACUCUCAAAAUUCAACUGCUGCCCCUGUAGGAUGGGAACUACCUUUAGACCCUUUGUGUCAUGUGAUGGGUGAAAGCUUCAGUUCCCUUGCAAAUGGGUGGGUUCGGAAGUGCUCUAAACAAUCUGAAACCAUCUCCUAAACAUCAUUAAUAGUCUUGGAGGCAAAUAAAUCCUUUUAAGGCAAGAUUUUAUUAAACUAAGGCCUAUUUUGCUCCUGCCCUAGCUAUUCCACAGGGAAAAGAAACAGGCUGCAGUCAGCCUUCCCUUGAUCCUUGCCCUUUUUGGAAACGCCUUUUGCCAGCUGGUAGCCAAAAAUAACUUCCAUUCCACACCAUAUUUGUGCAAGAGACCAGGAGUGACUUGGAAGCAGGUCAGGCCUCCUGUCCUGUUGCUUUCUUUGUACAGACACACAAGGGCCAUGCAUAUAACACAGAUGAAUUGGGAAUGCCUUCUGCACAUUUUCUCCUUUCUGGAUAAAAACAGCAGGAAGAGUUUAGCCCAGACAUGUCAUAAGUUGCUUAGGGUCUUUCAGGACCCCUCGCUGUGGCCUCUGCUGCACUUUCAUUCUCUUGCAGAACUGACCAAGAGUAACUUUGUCCUGGGACCAGCCUUGCGCUACCUCACCAUCAGUUGGCAUUCCAGCCAAGUCAAGGUGUGCAACAUUGAAGACUGGAGGAAAAGCACCUUGCAAAGGAACAUCUGCAGCACCCAUGAACACACAGUCGAUAACUUCUUAUGCCAGGUUUGCAACAGGUGCCCAAACUUGCUUUCUUUGUUGCUGACUGGAUGUGGCCAUGUGACAGAUGAUUCUAUCAUGUUGCUUCUGAAGAGCUGCUCCUCUCUCAAAACUCUCCAACUUGAAAACUGUGUCCAGAUAACUGACCGGACUUUGGAAGCUGUAAUCCUCUAUGGGGCUGACUCUUUACAAACGCUGCAUGUGGACUUCUGCAGGAAUAUAACUCAGGCUGGUUUGCAACAAAUCCGGAGAAAGCGUCCAUCAAUAACGCUAAAAGCGGAGAGAAGUGCACACAUGAUCCCAGACAGAAAGCCAGGCAACACCUGGGCAGGGGAGCAAGCAUUCAAGAAACUGUUGUGGCACUAAGCCAAGAGAGAAGAUGCUGGGGUGUGGUACAUAGUGUCUAUGCAUGCGUCUAUAUAGAAACAAAUGCAAAAUGAGAGGAUGGUGAAGCCAAUCUCUUGCAACCCUGGCAGCUUGAGUACUCGGAAGUAGCAAUGGCUCACAGAUGGCUGGAAAAUUGGGAGAGGCAGCGGAAUUUGUUCUACUUCAAACAGUCCCUGAUAGUUUAGGAACAUGAAAUGCUCAUUUUCAUAAAAUGAGGGGUUUUUUUUAAAGUGCAUAUAAACAAAGGUUACUGAAUGAGAUAAAGAAUCCACUAGUGCUGUGACAUUUUUUCCCUUUGUGUUUCUAUAUUUAGCUAAUUUUGAACUUCAAGUUGGGGAUGGGAAACAACUGUUUGACACCAUGCUUUUCUCAGCCCAUUGGCCUGCCGGGCUAGGGCUGAUGUGAGCGAGAGGGACGCUGGUUUCCAAUCACUGUUAGUGUAUUUACUGACGUCUCAACUAAUUAAAUUUAUCAUCACAAUACCUCAAAAACUACCAAAGGAAACUGUGUAUGGUAGCGUUUAAGCCCUUGUAAGCUCUUAAAUCACAUUGAGUGCAAAGCCUGUACUGGCAUUACCUGAUAGUGACUGCUCUACUUUUUCAUAUUUCCAUUCUUUCAAGGAGACUCUCAAGUUAACGAUUACUAUUUUUGUAGGGAUUAUAACAAAAGAAGUACAAAAUUGCAUUCUGCCUAAGGGGGAAAAGGCAGUUUUCUCUUUUGAAGUCAGUUGUGCCUGCCACUACAUUUUUCGCUGAUAUGCCUGCACUAUUUUAUGUUAUUUUAUAAGCUAUAGUCCACACCGCCAUGGUUUCUUUUGGCAGUCUCAUCUCAAGAAUUAGGAAGAAGAAUAAGUGGAAGACUUUUUAAAAGACUUGAAAUCACAAACCACAAUUUUGGCUCGGCACCAUUUCAAAUACUGACAAAACCACAAUUCAGUUCUUGAAUUUGCUUUAUUUUCUCUGCAUAAGGAACCCUGCACAGGCAUUUCAAAUUAAAACAAAAAUAAAUAUAUGAUAUUCAUGUAAAACUGUCCUUUCUAAUGAACAAUUAUACACAAUGUACAAC